AUGAGCUACGGAUCUGAAGUCUAUUCCUCCUCAUCCUACCGGAAGAUUUUCGGGGAUUCUCCCCGUUAUUCAUCCUCUCCAUCGCGGCCAGGGAUGAACAUGCCUUCCUCCCGGUCAGGCUACCGGUCCUCUUCUGUAUCCCGGGUCAACGUCUCAUCCCUGGGCUCCUUCAGCAGAAAGUCCGGCCGCUCAUUCUCGUCCAUGCCGCUGGAGACCUUCGACCUGACACAGAGCACCGUCCUCAACAACGAGUUCAAAAUCAUCCGCACCAAUGAGAAGGAGCAAAUGCAGGGUCUCAAUGACCGCUUUGCGAUGUUCAUCGAUAAAGUGCGCAACUUGGAGCAGCAUAACAAAGUGCUGGAGACGGAGUUGACCGCCCUGCGCGCGCGGCAGACUGAGCCGUCCCGCCUGGCCGACCUUUACCAACAAGAGAUCCGCGAGCUGCGCUCCCAGCUCGAGGAGCUGAACGGGGAGAAGUCCCAGCUCAUCAUCGAGAGGGAUUGUAUCGAUGACGACCUGCAGAAGCUCAGGGCCAAAUACGAAGAGGAGUUCCGUGCCCGGGAGGACGCGGAGGCCGCCCUCAAGGCUUUUAGGAAGGAUGUGGAUGAUGCCACCAUGGUGCGCCUGGACCUGGAAAAGAAGGUGGAAUCCCUCCUGGAUGAGAUCAACUUCCUCAGGAAGGUGCACGAGGAGGAGGUGGCCGAGCUGACGGAUAUGAUCCAAGCUGCCCAGGUGUCUGUGGAGAUGGAGGUGUCCAAGCCAGACCUCACCUCCGCCCUCAAAGAGAUCCGAGGCCAGUAUGAGUCCAUGGCUUCCAAGAACCUGCAGUCCGCAGAAGAGUGGUACAAGACCAAGUUCGCCGACUUGUCCGAGCAGGCCAGCCGUAGUAAUGACGCCAUCCGUGCCAGCAGGGAGGAACUUAACGAGUUCAGGAGGCAGCUGCAGUCCAAGACCAUCGAGAUUGAGAGUCUGAGGGGAACCAACGAGUCUCUGGAAAAGCAGCUCCGGGAGAUGGAGGAGAGGCACAGUGUGGAGAUUGGAAACUACCAGGACAACAUGGUAGAACUGGAGAAUGAGCUGAGGGCCACUAAGAGCGAGAUGGCUCGUCACCUGAGGGAGUACCAGGAUCUGCUGAAUGUCAAGAUGGCACUGGAUAUUGAAAUUGCAGCUUACAGGAAACUAUUGGAGGGAGAGGAGACCCGCAUCGGAACCGGGAUCGCCUACCCUGGCUCGUCUGUGAGUGCAAAUGUCGGGCAAGGUUACAACUACCAGACCCGUAUUUACACCAGCACCGGCAAGGGCUCCAAGAGCAAGGACGAGGAGCAGCAGCAGCAGAGCAAGUCCGGAGGCAAGAUGGCCCAGCGUGAAGUUUACGAGGAGACAGUGAUCACCACCAAGAAGAUGGAAGCAAAAGACAACAGCGAGAUUCCCACCAAUCAGAAAAACUAAAAAUCUGCUGUAAGCUUGACCCCUGAAGCUUCCCUUAACCCUGCAAACCCAUACCUCUCUUCAUUUCCCAAGCGAAAACAAACCCUGGGCCUUUACACUUAAGCACUUGCGGGGAUCUAAGAUGAUAUAAGCACAGUAAAAUCAUGGUUUCUAUCUGCAUUAUUGUGUAUUAAAUGUCCGCAAGUGUGCAGAGUGCGGGAUCUAGAUGUUUGUUUUACGUGCUUCCCUGUCCCAUUUGUCCCCCACGUGUGUUCCCCAAAGGAAAUCCAUUAUAACUCUACUGUUACCAUUACUCUUUACAAAUCCAUAGUGCAUCAGUGCUCUCUCAUUCUUCCUCACACACUCAGCUUCAAACAAUAGCAAGCACCUAGGUAGCAUCUCUUACAGGAGUAUGGUCUUUUGAAAUAUAAUAUUCAACUGGUCUUUCACACUUGGUCUAUUGUUACAUCGAUACGUGACGUGAAACACGGUAGAUAAUAACUCUGGUUAUUCACGACCACCACAAGCUGUGAGCUACUCUCAACACAUUCCAAUGGAAGCAUGUGUGUGCGUCCACCUAUACAAUACAAAAAAAUAUUAGUAUGACAGUUUGGUGAGGAAGCACACAGUCUGCAGUUGAAGGAAACCAGCCAAAAUAAACAACAGAGGCUUUAGUUAAGGUCUCUUUACUAAAAAUGUCCAAAACAUCUCCUAGCACAAUGCAUCAGUGGUUUGACUGUGAUCCAAUCAGCUCUGCAUGACAACAGCAUGGAAGAGUCAUUCUCUUCCGACUCCCUUUUUAACUUUCCCGUUGAAUCCUCAAAGUGGAUUCCCGUUACUAUUUAAAUGAGAUUUAAAGCAAACAAGAAAGCAAAUGUAUUAAUGGAGCAUAAUUUGCAUGGUGUAUGUAGAUGUCAUGCUUGCAUGGAAUCCAUCGGCCUUUUCACUCAUUCGAUGGGAUUUCAUUGUUCAGAGUUUAAAGGCUGGCUCAUGCCUUUCACCCACCAUGCUGAGCAUCAUCAUGCACAACACUUGCCUGUAGUCUAGAUGUGAGACUAUAACUCUUACUGUAGGAUGUGUCUUUGGUAGGAGAUGAUGCUAUGAAGAUUAGAAGUAAAAAUCCUCUUUAUAUAGGAAUGUCAAAACUGGCAAAAUUAGUAAGCAGUUUGCACAGUGUGCUAUAAGGAAUACAGGGAAAAGUAAAGGUUAAGCAAAGAUGCUGUAAAUGAGGAAAAAUGCAGAUAAAAUUACAAGAAAGGAGUGAUUUUCCCUCUUGAAACAGUCUGAAUUGCAAAUUUAGAUUUAGCACAAAUGCACAAGAUUCUCCAUGAUCCAUCUGGGUGCGAUGAUGAGUUGUUUGCAUAUUCAACACCAUUUCCCAUGUGCCAUCGAAAAUGCUUGAAGCACAUUUGAGCCCCAGAAUCCAUACCCUAUCACAAAGCCAGAAGAAACAACACCAUCAACACAUACCAUCACAAAUUCAGCCAGAAGCCGCCAGAUGCGUUUGAAACAACUUGACCUCUCUCUUUAUAACUGUGGCCAUGACUGGAUAAAAAUGUCUGUUGUAGUACGACCUCACCACUUGAAAUCCCUCAGUAUGAGAGACUUGUAGCUUGUUUUAUUCCUGCUUUGUGCACUGCCAACUUUAACACAGUUAUCUUUCUUCUCCUGCUGCUGGUCACGGCGUCUCACGCCCUGACAAAUUGCACUCACACUGAAAACAAAAAGAAAAACUACUGAUUGUACGGCAGACUGUUCUGGAUUGGGUUCCUGUUAUUGUACUUGAGGCUUGUGAUAAGUAUCUUAGUACUGUAGUGAGUAUGUCUGUAUCUCUACACAGUGGCCUAUCAUAACUGGAAUUAUUUUGGGCGCAGCAAAACUGAAAGUUGAACAUUUUGUUUUAUUGAAUUUAAAGCAGAAGAAAAAUCUCCAAUGUACAAGAACUUAAAUAUAGAAGCAGAAUUUUAUAGUAUACAGCUAUAACAAUGAAUGAAUGGUUCAUGAUUACAAAUGUCAAGCCUUUAUCUUAACACUGUAAACCAAAAGAGUUUCACUGAUGUCCGAAUUAAAAAAAAAAUGUCACUACUACAACUAUUGCACUGCCGAACUUUUCUAAGUGCACAUGCAACACCACUUCAUGGGAAAUAAACCCAUCAAGCAUACAGUAUGUCACAAAUACAAACCCAACAAUCAAGAAUUAGCCAUAGGACAAAUAAAUGUAGGAUGUGAAAUGCCUUAAAACACCAGCAGCUUUUUUUCUGGCCAUAUGUGUGAUGUGUAUGAUUCUGUCCAGUGGGGUGUGUAAUCAUUAUUAUCUCUUUAUUAGCGUUAAUUAGAGCUACCAUGACUACAAACGCAUAGGGAUUGAAUGUAGUUGACAUGCUAUUCUCUUUACUGUUAUUACUUAUGUAUUGCUGUAUGACACCACAUUAAUAAAGACUUGACAUUACUGA